AUGGCAAAUCUUGUGCAGAAGAGCAAGGUGCAGGUCCCCGAGAAGGCGGUUCAGGAGAAUGAGUUCGAGUUUGAGCUGGUUACACCGGGAUCACCAGACUCGCCUGCUGACCAUUUGUUCUUGAAUGGCCGGCUUUUGCCUCAUGAUUUUCCCUGCCCACCAACCAAGUCUUUCAGCUUGAAUAGUACUACGCUUUCCAGGACAAUGAGCCGGACGAGCAGCGUUAGCAGCAAGGACUCACUAAUGUCGUCGAGGAGUAAUAGUACGAAUAGCAGGAGCAGCAGCAGUAGCUGCAGCACUAGUGCUAGAACAAGCACGAGUGAUGUUUCUGAGAGGAGAGUGUUGAUGAGUAGAUCCAGAAGUGCAAGGAAGAGACCGGAGGUGUAUGUUGCAAACAGGCCGAGUUUGAGCAAGCAAUAUGGGAGCUGGCAGUACGUUACUCAAACUCCAGCUUUGACUCGCAAGGUUUCACGUAAACACAAAGCAGACACGGAGAUUCAACAAGCGUCGAAGAGGAAGAAGCAAGGUGGUAAGGCUAAGCAGCAAGCCGGUAAGGGAAAGCGAAUUGCAGGCUUUUUCUGGAGAUUUUUCAGCUGGUUUGUUUCAACCUGCAAUGAAUGUCAUGCCAUAAAUCCAUCAAAAAGGGAGACUGUCCUUCAAGGGGGUAUUAACUCGUAG